GUGACGUAAUCAGAGCGCGCCGCAAGCGGCUGAUCCGCCGGUAGGAUGAGACGCACCGGAGCGGCCCUGCUGUUCGGAGCGGGACUUGGAGCCUCGCUGAGACACCUGUGGAGCGUCGUUGACGGGCCGGAGGAGGAGGAGAGAGUCGGACUGCUGAGCAGAGUCCCGGUGGUCCCGAUCCCGAGAGUCCAGGCCUCCGAGCUGACGGUGAGUCCAGGUGGGUCAGCGGUGGUGAUGAAGUAUGGCUUCCCCUCACUGGCCAACAUCAAGACCAGAGAGUCCUACGUCACCUCAUACGACCCCCGCACACGCACUGCAUCCUGGGUAAUAGAGAGGUUAAACCCCACCACCCUGAGUGGCCCAUCAGACAGAAAGUUCUGCGAGUUUAAAGAGGAUGAGAGCGUCCACAUGUUUCACAGAGCCACCAACGCUGACUACAGGGGAAGUGGUUUUGACAGAGGUCACCUGGCCGCUGCAGCCAAUCACAAGUGGAGUCAGAAAGCCAUGGAGGACACCUUCUACCUGAGCAAUGUCGCACCGCAGAACCCUCACCUGAACCAGAACGCCUGGAACAAUCUGGAGAAACUGUGUCGCUCUCUGACCAAACGCUACCUGAAUGUGUACAUCUGCACCGGACCACUCUACCUGCCCAGGCAGGAGGUUGAUGGGAAACUCUACGUUCGAUAUCAAGUUUUAGGCAGAAACCACGUUGCUGUGCCAACUCACUUCUUCAAGGUGCUGAUCUUGGAGCAGGCAGAUGGCAAGGGUGUGGAGCUUCGGUCAUAUGUUCUACCAAAUGAACCAAUAGAGGAGAAGGUUCCUCUGGAGCAUUUCCUGGUUCCCAUAGAAACCAUCGAAAGAGCAUCAGGACUCUUGUUUGUUCCCAACAUCAUGAAGAGAACGAGCAGCCUGCAGGCGAUCACCAGUCAGAGAUGAGCAAUACGACCCUCAAUCCACUGCUGCUGCUGCCUCCAACAGGACUGCAUUACCCACAAUCCUCUGCUGCCGAAUGAACUACAGUUUGUGUUUGUAGAAAAAUCGUGAAAUGUUUGACAAUUAAGUGAAACUGUGAUUCAAGAUUGUUUUUUGGUUUUUUUUUACUGCUAAUGAAAAUCAGUAAUCAAUAAUUCGGUUAUUUAAAUGUCCAGUUAUUGACUUUUGUGUUCAGGCACAAAAUGCAGCGGCGGCUUUAAUGUCAUUAGUCACUUAUGGAUCUGUUCAAUAUUUGUAGACAGCAGUAGCAGAUUACGCUGUUAGAUCGAUUAUUGAUCAUAGAUCAGGUUGUUGUCACAAAAAGAAGCUCAGGCAAACGACAUGAAAAGACUAAUUUCAUUAAAAAAUGAAACAUAAAACAUGAAA